GCGAUGGAUUGCUUGUUGGAUGCGUUGGUUUCUAGUGAUCGAGGAGGCUAUCGCUUGGAUCUUUGCGAUUCGAUUGUUGCAGAUGCAAGCUUUAUCAUUGAUCGUGUCCGGUUGGCCUCACAUUGUGGUUUCGAUGGCAGAGGUGUCGUCUUCUUGCCAGAUUUAAUGUUCCUCAGGUGAUCAAUCAGUUCCUUUCUCCCCUAUAAAUUGUCUCCUUGGUUUUUGCUUUGCAUUGGUUUCAAGGAUGGGUAGCUUCUGUAAGUUUGCACUCGUAUCUUGCUGUUCUUUCUUCAUAAUACACUCGCCUUUCCUUCUGGUUUCUUAGAUUCUUGGUACUGUUUGGCUUCAGGUUUCGUAGAAGGUCAACUCUUCAAUCGAUAUUUGACCCUGGGCAUGUCGUUCUGACUAAAAAAUGCGAUCUUUGACCGGUCAGGGCAUUGCUUUGAGCCUAAUCUCAGGUUGCUUGUUCUUGGCUCUCGUUGCAGAGCUGUCCUAUUUAUUUUGGUGGAAGACGAGAACUAACAGGGCCAGAGAGCUGCUUCAUCUUUUCUGCUGGAGGAAGCCAUCGUUUCCCGGUUCCACACAAGUCAACCCCCGAGAGAUCUCCGCCACAGUGGAUGUAGCUGCUUCCUCCGAGGAGGGACAACUGCAGCUGCAGCACCAUUCGAGCUCUAGCAGGGCCAGAGAGCUGCUUCAUCUCUUCUGCUGGAGGAAGCCAUCUUUUCCCGGUUCCACAGAAGUCAACCCCCAAGAGAUCUCCGCCACAGUGGAUGUAGCUGCUUGCUCCGAGGAGGGACAACUGCAGCUGCAGCACCAUUCGAGCUCUAGCAGGGCCAGAGAGCUGCUUCAUCUCUUCUGCUGGAGGAAGCCAUCUUUUCCCGGUUCGACAGAAGUCAACCCCCAAGAGAUCUCCGCCACAGUGGAUGUAGCUGCUUGCUCCGAGGAGGGACAACUGCAGCUGCAGCUCCACUCGAGCUCUAGCAGGGCCAGAGAGCUGCUUCAUCUCUUCUGCUGGAGGAAGCCAUCUGUUCCAAGUUCCACUGAAGUCAACCCCCAAGAGAUCUCCGCCACAGUGGACGUAGCUGCUUGCUCCGAGGAGGGACAACUGCGGCUCCAGUCGAGCUCUAGCAAUGGAGAUGAUGACACUGUGGAGGCUGAGCUCAGGAGGCUCCAUAGCCUUGCAGGCCCUCCGAGGUUUCUCUUCACCAUUAACGAGGAGAGCAAGGAGGAUUUGGAGUCAGAGGAUGUAAGGUCCGGAUGCAAAAAGAGCUGGAGUGAUUCGUUCGAUCGUUCAGACACCCCAUACUUGACCCCUCUCUCUUCCCCUCCUUUCUUGACUCCACCUCUCACUCCUUUAGCUCGCUUCAAACACAGUGCUUUCAACCCCCUCUUUGAAUCCUCAAAAGAAGAAGACUUCUUCAGGAUCUGAUCCUGGUGCUGCAGGCAACAACAACACUGGAGCAAGUUCCAAGAUUUAUGAGUUUGCUCGAGGAUCUGCUGCUUCAUUCUGAGCAAGAACUUUCUCUGCCCGGUUUUUGUUCUGAGUCUGGACAACAAGGAGAUUCUCGCAACAGCUUUUCUGAUCAUGUCUCAACAGGCGUAACUCUUACAUUUGAGCCAUGAACGCACCACAAAAAUGCAAAGCUCGUCUUAGAACAUCCCCAAAGCUAUGAUGCUUCAACUCCCAGUCAAACAGCAAGAACAGGCUCUCUGGGCCAUUCUGGUUUCCCUAAAGCAGAGAAGUCACAUCAGAGACAAAAUCCAAUGGAAUCCCAUGCCAACUUUAAUCCUCUACCUUUUGCUUUAACCAAAACACUUGUGGUUGGUCCAGAAAAAGAAGACUUGGAUUAGCCUUCUAUUAUAUAUAUAUAUAUAUAUAUACACUAAAGGACCUCUUAAUUUGAUGAGUCUGAACUAUCAAUACAAAAUGGUGAGGUCCAAGUUAAUGUUUACAGUGUUUACUACUGAAGGCCUUGAUGUUCAUAUUGUAUAUAUCUAAUUUGAACGGGUAAAAGAUAGAAGAUAUGGAACUCAUCAUCCCAAAUGGAAUAAAGUUUGACCUAAUCAUGCAACAACAUGAAAUGUAAUGGAGGAUGGCAUGGUCUCUACCUUUGACUAGUUAAGCCAAGUUUUAUACUUGAUGCCCACUUGUUUAGCUUUUGGGUGAGGCAAAUGGCGUGAAGAAUGUGAGCUUCUUUUCAUGAGUAU